CCUUUAUUUAGUUGAGAUGUAUUCCACCAAAUUUAUUAUAUCUCUAUCUCUUUCUCUCACGCUUACGCUCCUCCAAUUCUCAACUCUGUUUUUCCCACUUUUUCUCUAGAGGUGGAAAAUGGGGGAUUAUGUGGUCAAGGUUGAGGAAGGGCGGCCGCCGGCCGACGGGAAGCCGUCGGUGGGGCCGGCCUACCGCUGCAUUUAUGCAAAGGAUGGGCUCAUGGAAAUUCCACCUGCAAUCAACUCUCCAUGGGAAUUUUUCAGUGAAUCCGUGAAGAAAUUUCCAAAGAACCCGAUGCUAGGUCGCCGUCAAGUCAAGGAUGGAAAGGCGGGUGCAUACACUUGGCUAACUUACCAGCAAGUCUACGAUACAACUAUUACCAUUGGUUCUGCUAUGCGACGCCGUGGCGUCAAUCCUGGCGAUAAAUGUGGCAUAUAUGGAGUUAACAGCCCUGAGUGGAUCAUGGCAAUGGAGGCUUGUAAUAGUCAAGCUAUUACAUAUGUACCACUAUACGAUUCACUCGGUGCAAAUGCAGUGGAGUUCAUUAUCAACCAUGCUGAAGUUUCCAUUGCUUUUGUCCAUGAAAGCAAGUUGCCUGCUAUACUAACAUGUCUCUCCAAAUGUGCCUCAACUCUAAAAACUAUUGUCAGCUUUGGAGACAUUUCUAGUAAGCAGCAGCAGGCGGCUGAAGAGCUAGGUGUCGCUUGCUACUCAUGGGAAGAGUUUGCUCUAUUGGGGAAUUCAGACGGUGAUCUUCCUCCAAAGAAGAAGACAGAUACAUUGACGAUAAUGUACACCAGUGGCACGACCGGGGAGCCAAAGGGGGUCAUUCUAUCUAAUGGUGCUUUUAUGUCUGAAGUCAUGUCUAUGGAUCAACUUCUCCGAGAGACAGACAAAGCUGGAACUGAAGAGGACGUGUACUUUUCCUUCCUUCCUCUAGCUCAUAUAUUCGAUCAAAUCAUCGAGACCUAUUGUAUUUACUCUGGCUCAUCCAUUGGAUUUUGGCAAGGGGAUAUUCGUUUCUUGAUUGAGGAUCUUCUUGUCUUGAAGCCAACUAUAUUCUGUGGUGUUCCUAGAGUUUUUGAUAGAAUAUACACAGGCAUAAUGGACAGGAUUUCAGCUGGUGGUUCACUGAAAAAGUCACUUUUCCAUGUUGCAUACAGCUAUAAACUGAGGAAUCUGGAGAAAGGGCUCAGACAAGAGGAAGCAUCUCCCCUAUUGGACAAGCUCGUCUUCGAUAAGAUCAGACAAGGAUUUGGUGGACGCGUUCGUCUCAUGCUAUCCGGAGCUGCACCUCUACCUAAGCACAUUGAGGAGUUCUUGAGGGUGACAUGUUGCUGUGUCUUGUCACAGGGCUAUGGCCUCACAGAAAGUUGUGGAGGAUGUUUCACAUCUAUAGCCAACGUGUUCCCUAUGAUAGGCUCGGUGGGGGUUCCCAUGACAACGAUCGAGGCAAGGCUCGAGUCCGUGCCUGAGAUGGGAUAUGAUGCGCUCUCUGCCCUUCCCAGAGGUGAAAUUUGUCUCCGGGGAAACACCUUAUUCUCCGGCUACCAUAAACGCCAAGAUCUCACCAAUGAGGUGCUCGUGGAUGGCUGGUUCCACACUGGUGAUGUUGGGGAAUGGCAGCCUAAUGGAUCCAUGAAGAUCAUAGACAGAAAGAAGAAUAUAUUCAAGCUGUCACAAGGCGAAUAUGUUGCUGUGGAAAGUCUAGAAAGCACUUAUUCACGAUGCCCUCUUAUUACAUCGAUUUGGGUGUACGGUAGCAGUUUUGAGGCAUUUCUAGUGGCUGUGGUGGUGCCGGAGGCAAAGGCACUUGAAGAUUGGGCGGUGAAUAGUGGCGAGAAAGGGGAUUUCACGCUCCUGUGCAAUAACCCGAAAGCCAGAAAAUACAUUCUAGACGAGCUCAACAAGACUGCAAAACAACAUAAUCUCCGCGGGUUUGAAAUGUUGAGGGCCGUUCGCCUAGAGCCUAUUCCUUUCGACAUUGGCCGGGAUUUGAUCACUCCCACGUUCAAGCUCAAGAGGCCACAGUUGCUGAAGCAUUACAAGGACUGCAUUGAUCAGUUGUACAGUGAAGCUAAAGGUACAAAACCAUAGGAGCCGCCUGCAUCAACCUUGGUGAAGAUGGUUGGAGUUUCUGAAGCAAUUUUACCCAGCAUUUUCGUACAAGCUCGUUCUACUAUAUGUUAAUAUGAAGAUAAACUUUGUUGAAUUCUCUUUCUUGCAUAUAUAUAUGGAGGCUAAGAAUAAAAUGGUUUCAUGUUUUGCAAA